CCGCUACAGACGGCCGCUGAGUGUUUCGGCGCGAGUGCGGAGUGUUUCGUACAAGGCGAGGCGCGCGAUUUCAACGCUCUUUAGUGGACGAAUAGUUAAGCAGUCGUCGCGCGUUUCGCAGCGCCCGAGAUCGGAGGACGUAAGCCGAGCAGACGGCCUUGGCGAAUUAUAAGGGCUUAGUUAGGGUUAACCGCCGGCAGACGGUGGCCUACCUUGCGCGAACUGAAUGCCUGUUGCACAGUUGCGGUACGGGCGCGGCUGUUUCUGCUUAACGCGUGUAGUUGAGGAGUCGCGUAAUCGAAUGGUGCGGCCGUGGGAGCUGGACGACUCACCUGAGGUCGUAUCGUCAUCGAGGCAGCUGACCGUCGAAAGGAAUCUCACCGUGCAUACUCUCAGCACGGAAACUUCAGAGUCAUGGCCUCACCGCCCUGAGUGAACGUUGGACCAGCCGCUCCUGAAAACUGGUGACUGAAAAAGUCUGCAGCAGGGGGCAGUCAUCACCAUGGCCGGAGGCCAACUGGUUCGACGCUGGAAUGGUUGCGCUCACGUGCCCCAGCAUGGUCCGGACAGCAUUCACAGCUGGCUCAUUGCCGGUGCCUGUGCCCUGGCAUGCUUCUUCGCCAUGGCUGGGCGGCGUUCGGCGGGCUUCCUGUUCGUGGCCAUCCUGGACACCUUUCAAGUCAACAGGACGGAGGGAUCGUGGCCCAUCAUGCUUAUGGGCGGCCUCGUCUACUUAGCAGGCCUUAUCACAGGGCCCCUGGCGCACCGUUUCAACGCGCGGCCAGUCAUCAUUGCAGGAGCUGUGAUCUCGGGUAUUGGUGCGAUGCUGAGCUUCUUUGCCAAUAGCAUCGCCAUGAUGACAGUGACACUUGGAGCGAUACAUGCGAUCGGAGCCGGUAUGGUGUUUGUCGUCUCGCCGACCAUAAUCAGUGAGCACUUCGUCAAGCACAAAGGUCUCGCAAUGGGCAUCAACUUUACCGGCGUCACAAUGGGCACGUUCGUUUUUCCCAAACUUCUCGAGUACAUCACCAAGACGUACGGCCUGCGCGGCGCACUGCUCAUCUUCGGUGCCAUUGUAAUGAACGGGCUCGCGUUCAGCCUGUUCCCGCGGACACCCAAGUGGCGAAGCGCCUCUCCCGAGGAAAAGCUGGUCAAGGCUCAGGCUUCACCGUCUACCUCCAGUGGCGAUAAGAAACACGGGACUUUGCGCCAUGGGCUCACCGUGUUCAAGCACCCCAUCUUUUAUCUCGUCAUGUACAGCUUCAUUGUUCACAGCUUCGGGUUCGAGUGUUACAUAUCAUUGUUCGUGGACUUCGCCGUAGACCGAGGUGUCGCCGUUUCCAGUGCAGUUACCAUGAUUUCCAUGGGAGCCAUCGCCGAAGCGCUCGGCAGGCUCACACUCCCCGCCGCCGUCGACCGUGGCUGGCUGACCAACAAGCAGCUGAUCGUACUAAUCUUUGCCGUCCAGGGAGGAAUGUUCAUAAUCCUGCCUUUCCUCUACAUUCACGGGCUCAUCUUCGCCGUGGCCGCCAUCAUCGCUUACACCAUCGGCACUGGUCUAGUGCUGUUUCCCGUCAUCCUCGCUAUUUACCUGGGCCAAGAAAGGAUGUCCAUGUCAUAUGGAAUGGUCAUCGCCUCAGCCGGGCUACUCUCGUUUAUAAAGCCCUCUGUGAUAGGACACUUUCGGGACUACGUUGGAGCCUACGAUGCGCUUUUCGUUAUCUGUGGGUCGCUCAUCGCCUUUGCAGCCAUAAUGUGGAUUCUUGUGUUCAUGUGGGAAGCGAGAGAAAGGAAAAAAGAUGUCGUGGGCAAAGGUGGUGCGCUGGAAGGUGCUGAGGCCGCUACAAAAAUGUAGGAAUGAUAAAUUAUGAAGUA